AGAUAAGGAACCAGCUGAGAGUUGACAUUUGUUUGUUUAUCAGUGCUGAAGUGUCAGUUUACCCGUAAACAUGGUGCGUCCGGGAACGUAUUCACCGCUGAAAGAUAAAAAUAACAUUGCUCUCACGAAGAAAAUGAAGCCAGUGAUAGAAGAUGCUUCGAGUGUGGAUGCCAAUGGCCUGGAUGGAGGCUGCGACGAUGCUGUCGCAGAGGAGGGGGACCUUGAGCUGUGGGACUCCCGGUACAUGCUCCGCGGGGACCAGCACAGUGCGGACGGAGCCUUUGGUAACUCCAGGUGGGGUCCCCGCGGUUGGUGCAGACCUUCCUGCAUUCCUAUCACCAUCAUCCUUAUCCUCAUAGUACUGGUUGUGCUGCUGCCUCUUCUAGACCACCAGAAUAGUCACCACGGAAAAGGUGGCAGCUCAUCUAACUCGUCUGUCUGUGAAGACUCCUGUAGGUUCACUCUAGUGGAAAGUAUACCAGAAGGACUAACUUACCCUCCUGGUUCAACACCUCACCCUUCUACAUAUCAGACUUGGAUGACAAUGAUAGAGAAUGCUGAAAAUUCAAUAGAAAUUGCCUCAUUUUACUGGACGUUACGAGGAUCGGACAUCUAUAAACACCCUUCGGCGUGGCAGGGAGAAGAUGUGUUCAAAGCUCUAAUGGAAGCAGGUGCUAAUAGAAGUAUUACUCUGAGGAUUGCACAAAAUUUUCCAAAUCCAAAACAGCCAAACUUGGACACUGAAGAUCUCAUAAGGCAUGGAGCUGCUGAGGUGCGAAGUGUUAACUUCCCUCGUCUUGUGGGCGGUGGUGUGCUGCACACUAAACUUUGGAUUGUGGACCGGAAACAUGUGUACAUAGGUAGUGCAAACAUGGACUGGAGAUCACUUACACAGGUGAAAGAGCUUGGUGCAGCAAUCUACAACUGCAGUUGCUUAGCUGCCGACUUUGGGAAGAUCUUUGAUAUAUACUGGUUCCUGGGUUUACCAGAGUCUGAAAUCCCUGGUGAAUGGCCUGACAUUUUUGACACUGCAUACAAUAUCUUUCAUCCAAUGAGUGUCCCAUUUAAUGGCACAGAGGCACUCACUUAUGUUGGAAGUUCACCACCCUCUUUCUGCCCAGAUGGUCGUUCAACAGAUUUGUUAACUAUUCAGGAAGUCAUCAGAACAGCUGAAAAAUUUAUUUAUAUUUCUGUUAUGGAUUAUCUUCCACUCAUCAUCUAUGAACCAAAAGUACAGCUGUGGCAAGUCAUUGAUGACGCUCUGAGAGAAGCUGCAGUCAACCGCCGUGUGGAGAUAAGGUUGCUGAUCAGUGAGUGGAACAGCACCAAGCCGUCAAUGGAUUACUUCCUACGAUCUCUGGCUGCCAUUAGCGGCUCUUACCGUGGUGUUACUGUUAGAGUGAAACACUUCAAGGUUUCGAGCACUGCUGAGCAAGCCAAAAUACCAUUUGCAAGAGUGAAUCAUAAUAAGUAUAUGGUGACUGACAACACAGCCUAUAUUGGUACAUCAAACUGGUCUGGGGAUUACUUCACAAAAACUGGUGGUGUCGGGCUUGUUGUGAGAGACAAUGCCACAGAAGCCUCUUCACCUGAAUCAAAGAGCAGCAUCCGUGGGCAGCUCCAGGCAAUAUUUGAAAGAGACUGGAGUUCUCGUUAUUCAACUCCAAUUAAUUUGUCUGAUUAAAAGGCCUUUAAUAAGGUCAAACUGAUUCUUUCAGUAAUGGAGAAAAAUACGCUGCCAGCUUCCUUCCAGUGCUUCAGAAUGUGAUGAGAGCUGCAUCUUGCAUAAAAGCUUAUUUAUAUUUAUCAUCAGUGUUGCCAGAGUGCAAAUUUGGGUGAUCGUCUUUCAUUUUUACUGUAAACCAACAGACCUCAACAAAUUAUUACAGGCAAAAGCUCUUAUUACUUCAUACCACUUAUUAGGAUAUCUGAACAAUAUAAGCAUUCUAGUUGUUAGCAGUUUUGGCCAUCUCAUGUGGGUCACAGUACCUGCGUCUCAGUUGCAACGAAACCAAAAUGCAAGCUAUAAAUGGCACUCCCCUUUGAUUAAUGUAGAAAUGUUAAGUGUUGAUUUGAUAACAAUGAAGCAUUUGUGAUAUUUUAAGUGUUGCAUAU